AAACUCCUAAUUUAUUCGGUUAUAAGCCAAUCCCACCGCAUGAGGCGCGAUUCAACCAGCCAAUUACAGCACGGGGUGGGCGGGACUUGUCCGAAUACGGGUGUGGAAAAAAAGUAAAAUAAGGCGCACCGCUCAGAGCACGGCUCAGGCAGGGGGUUUAUACUGCGGAGGUUUCCAGCCCAUUCACCUUCUCUGAGUUCACCCUGUCUCUGAAACAAAACACAGGGAGACGCUUCUGGAAACCUCACGCCAAAAUAACACCCAAGAGUCCAAAAAUAAUAAGCCAUGAGAUUUUGGCCACUUGAAAUCCUCGUCCUGGUGGUGACAGGGUCCUCAGUGCUCUGCGAAUCUUCUCUGGAGGGAGAGCUGCCCACCUCACUGCGGGAUAAUUUCCUGGAACCUAUUUCCUGGAGUCUAUUUCACCAGAGGGAAGCCAACAAUGUUCAUGCCAAGUUCUCCCUGAGGAAACCGUCGUUGCCAGACGAUGAUAUUUGCUAUAUUGUGCCCGGUGAAGAAGAGACCUUGGGCAACUGCAAUUUCAACAACACAGCCAAAACAUUCCUGGUGAUACAUGGCUGGACGGUAAGUGGACUGUUUGAAAGCUGGGUUGCUAAAAUGGUAGCAGCUCUGUACGGCCGAGAAAAAGAUGCCAAUGUAAUUGUGGUAGACUGGCUGAACACAGCUCAGGACCACUACAUUGUGGCAGCACAAAACACGCAGAAGGUCGGGCAGGAGGUUGGACGUUUCAUAGACUGGAUGGAGGACAAAGCAAACAUUCCACUGGAGAAACUUCAUCUUAUUGGCUACAGUCUUGGUGCACAUGUUGCUGGAUUUGCAGGUAGCCAUGCCACCAACAAGGUCGGACGAAUAACAGGUCUUGAUCCAGCAGGCCCCGACUUUGAAGGAGUUCAUGCACAUGAACGUCUUUCUCCAGAUGAUGCCCAUUUUGUAGAUGUUCUCCAUACCUUCUCUAGAGGAUCCCUGGGGCUCAGCAUUGGUAUUGAGCAGCCGAUUGGCCAUGUGGACAUUUACCCCAAUGGAGGAAGCUUCCAGCCUGGUUGUAAUCUGAGAGGAGCCCUGGAGAAGUUAGCUAAUUUGGGAUUAAUUGCAAUGAAUGAAGCCAUCAAGUGUGAGCACGAGAGGUCUGUGCACCUGUUCAUUGACUCCCUGCUGAAUGGAGAGGAGCCCAGCAAGGCCUACACCUGCGGGAGCAGUGACAUGUUCGAGCGUGGCAUGUGCCUCAGCUGCCGCAAGAACCGCUGCAGCAUCAUGGGCUACGACAUGAAGAAGGUCCGCAAAGCUCGCAGCGUCAAAAUGUUCACCAAGACUCGAGCCUCCAUGCCGUUCAGAGUUCAUCACUAUCAGCUGAAGAUCCACUUCACCGGCCAGAAAAAACAAACAGAGAUAGAUCCCACAGUGAUGGCGUCCCUUUAUGGCACCAAUGGCUCAGUGGAGAACCUUCAUCUUAAAGUGGAUGGCAAAAUCACCCCAAACAAGACACACUCCUUUCUCCUGGUUACUGAGGAGGAUAUUGGUGAUCUUCUAAUGCUGAAAUUGAGAGUGGAGGACUCCAGUAACUGGUCUGCCUCUUCAUUGUUCGGCAUGGUGCAGUCCUGGUGGAAUGGAGAGUCUUCUGACUCUGAACCUCAAAUUCAGAGAAUUCGCAUUCGGAUCGGAGAAACACAGAAAAAGAUGGUAUUUUGUUUGAAAUUUUACCAAAAAGCAAAUCUUUCUCAUGAGGCGACGUUUGUGAAAUGCAAAGAAUCGUGGAGAAAAUCAUCUAAAAGGACCAGGGGGAGAUCCAUUGAGGACACAGAAGUUCCUAUCUACAGAUAAAAUUCAACCCAUCCUGAUAAAGCACUUAAACAAUUAUUUUUAUCGAUGUUAUUUAUUUUUUAUUCGUUCUCGCAAAAAGCUGCAUUUGUAAUGUAUUAAUACUUAGUGUACUGUAUGAAUACUGAUUAAGUACGAGGUUAUUUAAUGUAUCAGGUAGCCUUUUUUAUACAAGCACUACCAUUUUAGGAUAAUGGGUAUAUAAUAUCAUUGCUGUCAUGCAAAAGGCUUGUAUCUCAAAAAUAGCAGAAUAUUUCCUGGAAUCAGUGUACAGUAAAAAGAUGUUAAUGUAAAUAGGUAGAAUGGAGAUACUAAGGUACUGUGCUGGAGAUGCAGUGGGUGUCAGAGCAUGAGAAGGUCAACAGGUCACUUCUGUUCAGUCUAUAAGAUUGGAUAAGAUAAUAGCAUAUAUUUAUAAUUCAAAACAGUUUACAUAUCCAAACCUGUUCUACACAAUGACUUUAAAUUAGUCAGUACUAAUCACCUUCAUUCACAGAACUACUAUAGAACUUUAAAGCCAGUAGAAACAAUUGGGUCGGGGUUGAAACUAUGUAUUCAGUCAGUCAGUCAUUUGGCUGUUUACACUAUCUGACCCAAACUCAACCAUACAGUAUUUACCGCAACAUACAUAACAAUACAACCCCAGUUCCUGACUCUUGCUGCCGAAGGCCACCUACUAAGAACGUCCAGUCAAACUCAAUCUACAGUCUAUUAGAGCUGAUCUCACUAUAAUGGAAAUAUUAGCGCCAUGUCUAAUUAGGUCUGGAAGAUUCUGCACAGUGCUGUAAAUCUGUUGGAGUAAAGUAUGGCACUCUGAGUUUGAUGUGGGAGUGACUAGCUGGUUCAGAAUUGGUCGUUGGUCAAAUUGUUGAAUUUUGUGUAAGAUUGUGUUGUGUUUUUUAUAUACAUAAUGAAGGUUUUGACUGUAAGCAGGGUAAACGAUUAACAAUCCGAAUUUUAAUUACUUAAUAUAACAUUAUACUUUCCAAGAUCACUGGAGACUCAAAAUUGCCACAGCCUUUCAUUCUUUCUUUCUUUCUUUCUUUCUUUCUUUCUUUCUUUCUUUCUUUCUUUCUUUCUUUCAGGUCAGCACUGAAUAUGUUUCUUGUUAACUGUUGUAACACCUCUGAUUGAACUGCUGUCUGUUCACACACUUGUCAUCAGUUUAGAGUUUAGAUAAGAAUAAUAUGACAGACUGUGACAGACAGGAACAACUCAACCAGCACUAAACAUGACCCAAAUGUGUUUUUACUUCAUGGUUAAUAACUGGUCCCUGUAGCUGAGAUAAAGGAGGAGUCAGUUCCAGUAUGUAUUGUACGCUGCAGCAGUGUCAGUGACCAGUCAGUUCAUUAUGUGAUGGUACUAGAUCUUAACUUAGGUACAGAGGAGAGAUCUUUAGCACUGUAUGCAGAUGGGAAAUGACCUUUUGUGAUCCUGUAAUGUAAUGUGAUUGUGAAUUUCCAAUAUGUGUUACGAAGCUGCUGAAAAGAAACUCAUAUUUGAAAUGUAAUAUAUGUUUAUAUAAAUGUGUAAAUAUGUACAAAUGUAUAAAGGAAAAUAUAUCUUUGCUGUUUAACUGUAUUUUACCAUUUAAUGAAAUGAAAAUAAAUUAAUGUUCAUAUUGUAAGUGUGAAUUUGACAAAUAAAAAAAUUAACCAGA